AUGUCGAGCAAGGAAGAUCGCAGCAAACUAGGGGGGUUUGACGAUGAAACAUACCGACUCCGGGUCUCACUGCAGAGGAAAACGGGGGACAAAAACAAACGGGGUUCAGAACAAAAGAGUCGUAGCAGCGUCAAUCCGACAUCAAGCUGGGCAUUUGUACGUCCAUGCAGAAUCACCGAUGUCGUGCUCUUGUCGUGGCCGGCACCAGCUGGCAGAGCUGCCGGGUUGCUGCGGGCUCUUCAUUUCCCCUCACGUCCAACAGAAGCGAAGAAUCCGCCACUGCGGCCCUUGGCAGGCGAUCGAGAUGGGCCAUUUCAUUUGAGCCUGCUCGCCAAUCAGAUACCCUGCAAUGCCGUCGACGAAGAGGUCUAG